ACAGUGUGUAAGAUGUUGCUGCUGCUGUGCUGCUGUUUACUGCUCCAGCAGGUCAGCAGUACUCAGGCAGGGAAAGCUGUGGCUGGAAAGGCUGCAGGAGGGAAGUCAGGGAAGGUCCAUGUGGGAAACACUGAGCUGGUGGUGUAUGGAGGCGGCGGCUCUGGGCGUGUGCAGUUCUGCAGCUGGCCGUGCCGGUGCGGUCCGAGGCCACAGUGCGCUCCGGGGGUCAGUGCUGUGCUGGACGGCUGCGGCUGCUGUAAGAGCUGUGCACAACAGAUUGGAGAACCCUGUAACGAGCGUGAUGUGUGCGAUCCACACAAGGGCAUGUACUGCGACUUCUCCCGGGACAAACCACGCUUCCAACUCGGGGUGUGUGCAUACAUGAUGGCAGUGGGUUGUGAUCUAAACGGAGUUCGCUAUGAGAAUGGUGAGGCGUUUCAGCCCCACCCUCUGUAUAAGUGCACAUGUAUCGGUGGAGCUAUCGGCUGUACACCUGUAUUUAUCCAGAAACCUGCAGCCAUGUUGGGGUCAGCGCCCUUACAGAGCAGCAUCACCCCCGCUGGGUUACGGGUGAAAACGCCACAGGACACGGCGUACAGGAGCACGUCAGCUUACAGGACUCCUCCUUUAGUGAAGACGAGGGGAUGUGUGGUCCAGACGACGCCCUGGUCUCCCUGCUCACGCUCCUGUGGCUUCGGCAUCUCCAUCCGCAUCUCCAACCACAACACCAAGUGCGACAUGAGGAAAGAACGGCGCCUGUGUUUGCUCCGCCCCUGCGACAAAAAAAGCCUGAAGAUCCCUGCAGGGAAGUCCUGCGAGCCGGAGUUCCAGGCGAGGACGGCAGAGAAGCUCACUCUGUCAGGCUGCACGAGUAGCAGGAAGUACCGACCGCACUACUGCGGAGCGUGCACCGACAAACGCUGCUGCGUCCCAAAUCGCUCCAAGGUGGUGAAAGUGGAGUUCAAGUGUCUGGGCGGAGCCAGAGUGCAGUGGAAGAUGCAGUGGAUUACUUCCUGUGUGUGUGAGAGGAAGUGCAACAACCCAGGAGACAUGUUCUCCCAACUCCACUUACUGUGACACACAUCCCUCCUGCUGUAAUGCGUUCGACUCCUUCCCUGUUUUUAAUAAACACAGUUAAUCUUC